AUGGCAGAUAUUCUGGAUAUUCUAGAUAUUGAACAACCGGGAACUACUGAAGUCACUAGAGACAGCAUUUUACAUGGAGAUAAAAUGAAAAAGAAGUAUGUUACUGCUAAAGCUGUUCGAAGGCCUGAAGGCAUGCACCGUGAAGUUUUCGCCUUGCUAUAUAAUGAUAAUAAAGAUUUGCCUCCCCUAUUACCCACAGAUACUGGUAAAGCAUAUAAGCAAACAAAAGCAAAACUUGGAAUGCGUAAAGCGAGGAAAUGGGUUUGGGCUCCGUUUACUAAUCCUGCCCGCAAAGACAAUGCAGUGUUUUACCAUUGGAAAAGAAAGUCAGAUGAAACUAAGGAAUACCCUUUUGCACAAUUUAAUAAACAAGUGUCAAUACCAUCAUACUCAGAAUCUGAAUACAAUCAGUAUUUAAAAUCAGAAGACUGGAGUCAAGCAGAAACUGACCAUCUAAUGGAUUUGUGCCAACGUUUUGAUCUGCGAUUCAUUGUUAUCCACGACAGAUGGGACCGCGCUGCCUUCAGAGACAGAAGUGUGGAAGAUUUAAAGGAACGCUACUAUAAUAUUUGUGGAAUUUUAAGCAAGGUGAAAACAAAUCCUUGGUCAAAUACUGUAACUAUGGUAAAUGGUGAAAAAAGAGUUUAUCACUAUGACGCAGAACACGAAAGGAAGAGAAAGGAACAGUUACGUCGGUUGUUUGAUAGAACACAAGAACAGAUUGAUGAAGAACAGAUGUUACUGGCUGAGCUCAAAAAAAUUGAGGCAAGAAAGCGUGAAAGAGAAAGAAAAACUCAAGAUUUACAGAAACUGAUUUCAAGGGCAGACAGUGGUAAUGGUCUACCAACAUGUCAAUCAGCUGUACAAACUGAAGGAAUCAGCACUCCUUCUGCGGUAUCAUCCAGCAUUGCGAGGAGGCAUGAUAGGAAACUCCAUAAGAAAAAAUUAGCCUCACAACAGAGACCUAUUCGUGCAGUGGAAACUGUGACGGUAGAAUGGUCCGGUAUAAAGUUUCCAGAGACACGAGGUGCCGGUGUAUGGUUGAGAUCGCAACGCAUGAAGUUACCGCCUGGAGUUGGGCAAAGGAAGACAAAAGCCAUUGAACAGGAAUUGAGACUUAUGAAUAUCGAUAUAGCGCCAACUCCAUCCGAGGCCAUUUGCAAACACUUCAAUGAACUCCGCUCAGACCUUGCUUUGGCUUUAGAUUUGAAGAAUGCUCUAACAUCGUGUGAAUUCGAACUACAAGCUUUAAGGCAUCAGUAUGAGGCUCUAAACCCUGGAAAGACACUGACAAUCCCACCGUCAAUUUGCAAUACGUCAGGUGAUGGAGAUGUGAAACCUCUUAGUGAAAUAAUUGAUGUCGUUGGUUCGCCGGGCGCAUUAAAUAACACCAUCUAG